AGCAGGAAUGUUAGCAUAGCAUAAGAAAAAGAGAGAAAGAAAAAUGGUAGGAACAAAUUGCUACUCAAACCCGGCAACCCUGAAUGCAUCAAGUGGUGCUGGCUAUGUUACCAACAUUGCUGGUGUUAAUUCCUAUGUCACUGGUUCCCCUCUCUCCGUGCUCGUCUGUUUUAUGGUCUCCGAUAUUUUUGGGAUCAAUGCAACACUUUUUAGGGACUUGGCAGACAAGGUUGCAAGAAAAAACGGGUGUUAUUGUGUCUGUCCCGACUUCUUCAAUGGGGACCCUUUUGAUCCUGAGAAUGAGAACAGGCCUUUACCUGUUUGGUUAAAAGAUCAUGAACCGGAAAAAGGUAUUGAAACAGCAAAACCUGUUAUUGAAGCCUUAAAAAGGGAAGGUGCUUCUGCUAUUGGAGCUGCUGGUUUUUGUUGGGGCGGUAAGACUGUUACUGACCUUGGGAAAUCCAAACAUGUCCAAGCUUCAGUGUUAUUACAUCCAGCAUAUGUCGAAGUGGAUGACAUCCGUGGUAUUAAGACUCCAAUUGCUAUACUUGGAGGUCAGAAUGAUACAAUUACUCCUCCAAAGCUUAUAAAACAAUUUAAGCAAGCCCUACAAAAUGCUAAACCUAAGGUUGAUAGUUUUGUAAAAAUAUUUCCUAACGUUUCACAUGGUUGGACUGUGAGGUACGACCCUAAAGAUCCAAAAGCUGUGAAGGCUGCAGAGAAGGCUCAUGAUAUCAUGAUAGGUUGGUUUGAUAAAUAUCUAAAGUGAGAAAUCUUGUUUUGUGAUAUCAUUUGUGUCCUUGGGUGGAGGAUGGAACUCCACCUAGUUGUAUUUAUGAAAAAAUAAAUUGUCAUGACCAAUCCUAGGGACGUGACAGGUGCAAUAAGAUUUUAUUAUUAAAGAGAUAUAAUAUCAAUUUCAUUAUUGAACUA